AGUUCGCUCUCUCAUCAGCUUCUUCGUCUUUCCGAUUACGAUUCCUCUCAGAUAACGAAGAAGAAGAAGAAAAUGGGUCGAUCAGAUGAAAAUAGCCUUGGAUUAAUCGGAUCAAUGAAUCUCCAAGGCGGAGGAGGAAAGAUCAAGACUACGGCAACAACAGGACCGACCAGAAGAGCACUAAGUACAAUUAACAAGAACAUCGUUGAAGCGCCGUCUUACCCUUAUGCUGUCAACAAGAGAUCACUGUCUGAAAGGGAUGGCAUUUGUAAUAAACCACCUGUGCAUCGACCAGUUACUAGGAAGUUUGCUGCUCAGUUAGCAGAUCAGAAGCCACAAAUCCGUGAGGAGGAAACUAAGAAACCAGACUCGGUUUCAAGCGAAGAACCAGAGAGGAUUAUCAUUGAUGGGGAUGAUAGUGAGACAGAAGGAGGCGACUUUAAUGAGCCAAUGUUUGUUCAACACACUGAAGCAAUGCUGGAGGAGAUUGACCAGAAGGAGAAGGAGAUUGAAAUGGAAGAUGCAGACAAAGAAGAAGAGCCUGUGAUCGAUAUUGAUGCCUGUGAUAAAAAGAAUCCUUUGGCUGCGGUUGAAUAUAUCCAUGAUAUGCAUACCUUCUACAAGAAUUUUGAGAAACUUAGUUGUGUGCCUCCUAACUACAUGGACAAUCAACAAGAUCUUAAUGAGAGGAUGAGAGGAAUCCUCAUUGACUGGUUAAUUGAGGUGCACUACAAGUUUGAGCUGAUGGAAGAAACUCUUUAUCUCACAAUCAAUGUCAUCGACAGAUUCCUUGCAGUUCAUCAAAUCGUGAGGAAAAAGCUUCAGCUUGUUGGUGUUACUGCUUUGUUGCUUGCAUGUAAGUAUGAAGAAGUUUCAGUUCCAGUGGUAGAUGAUCUCAUCUUGAUCUCUGACAAAGCUUACACUAGAAGUGAAGUGCUAGAUAUGGAGAAGCUAAUGGCCAACACCUUGCAAUUCAAUUUCUCUCUACCAACUCCAUAUGUUUUCAUGAAACGCUUUCUCAAAGCUGCCCAAUCUGACAAAAAGCUUGAGGUUUUAUCGUUCUUUAUGAUCGAGCUUUGCCUUGUGGAGUAUGAGAUGCUAGAGUAUCUUCCAUCUGAGCUUGCGGCCUCGGCAAUCUACACUGCUCAGUGUACACUUAAGGGAUUUGAAGAAUGGAGCAAAACCUGUGAGUUUCACACAGGCUACAAGGAAGAACAGCUAUUGGAAUGUGCGAGAAAGAUGGUUGCUUUUCAUCACAAGGCAGGAACAGGGAAGCUCACAGGAGUUCACAGGAAGUACAACACAUCUAAGUUCUGUCAUGCUGCAAGAACUGAACCAGCUGGGUUUCUGCUUUAAUGGAGGAAAAAGACUAUAAUAAGAAUCUAAUAUGACU